AUGUUUUCUAGCGGUGGAAGGCGCAGCUCGCUGCGCGCAAAGACGCCUGGCAGAACAGACUUCAGGACCCCUGGCCCCUCGCGAUUCAGUGUAGUUCCAGGUGGGGAAGAGGCGACGCCAGCGGCCGUGCCGAGGCGAUUCAUGGACUUUGAAAGGCCUUCCUCUGAAGCAAGAGGUGCUUUGAAUGAGCAAGCACAGGGAAAUGCGGCAGCUGAAAGUUCCAGAGUCCGUCGCACCUUGGAUGCCCAGCAAGCGGACAAGGCACAACCCGCACCAUUCGAUGGAGGAAUGAGGAGGGAUGGCGGUGCAGUUGAUGGUAACGGCCCUGAUAGCAAUGCAGUCCCACUCCGGCCAGACGAUGGGAAGGUUUCAGACACUGGCUUAGCUGGUACUUCCAGAAACUCGGAACGUUCGCAGAUGAGGGACAAUGCGCCGGGCAGGCGUGCUAUGUUUGACUCCCCUGGUACAGCCAUCCUUGCAGAGGAAUUGCAUGCAAGGGAGGCGGCCCGAUCGAUUCGUGUCUGGACAGCUGUCAACGAGUCUGUCGGAGUGUCUGUGGACCGCAGGGAAGAGAAUACAGAGCGUGCUCUCACGGCGGUUAAUCCGAGUGGUGAGGAAGAGGUCUGGAGGAGGUUCCGAGGGGCGGGGGCUCUGGACGAGGAGGUGCUUGUAAGAAGGGAGAAGGAAGAGCUGCAACGGCAGCUUGACGAUGUGGAAAGAGAGCUGGCAGAUUACCGCUACAAUCUGGGCGUCCUCAUCCUGGAGCACAAGAAAUGCAAGCCCCAGAUCGAUGAGCUGGAAAAAGCGCUGCAAAGGACGAGGGAGGAGCUGCAAAAGGAGGGCCGCAGCCUUCAGCUAGCACUGGAUGAUGUCACCAGACGAGAGGACGGGCUGCGGGCCAGCCUCAAGGCAGAGCGGACGGUCAUUGCUGAUCUGAAACAGUCGCUGGAAGAGAUGCAUGCCAAGCUGCAAGCAGAGGAGAAGAGCUCCCGAGAGCGGUUGGCCCGGGCACAAGAACUAGAGGCGGGAGCCGUUAAGGACCGUGAGCGCUCGGAAGAACUGUUCGAGAAGGCCGCCAGGGAUCUGAAGGGGGCACAGCAACUAGAAGAGGGGCUUAAAGUCAGGGAGAGUGAGCUAGACGGGAAACUGCGUGGAUUGGCGGAGAGGGAGGAUGACGCAGCUAGCCGAGAGAAGGCGCUGAAUGAGGGGGAAGCAGCGCUGAAUGCUGGCAAGCGGGAACUGACAGAGAAGGGAAUCAAGCUUGCGGAGAGGAAGAGAAAGGUGGAGGGAGAACUAGAAGAGGAGAGAAAGAAGCUGGGACGGGAACGAGAAGAGGAGGAACUGAGGGUCGAAGCUCUGCGGCGAAGUGUGGAGGGCGAGCGCGAGCAGAUGCAGAAGGAGAUGCAAGCAGAGAAGGAGGCUGCCGAACACGACAUGUCCACUCGCAAGGCUGAGAUCAGCGUGAAGGAGGACAGCUUGGCUGCGCAGGAGAAGGCGCUUCAGAUGUCCCAAGAUGAGCUGGAAAGAAAGCAGGAGGACGCGAACAAGCGCGACCAAGAUCUGGAUCAGCGGGAGAAGUUACUGGGGGACGAGAAGCGCGAGAUGCUGAGGACGGAGGCAGACCUCCGCGAGCAACAAAAGUCUAUGAAUGAGGAGCGGGCUCGUCUGGCGGAGCAAGAAAGCGAGUGGCAGCGUAUUGAGGCGAAGAUCGACGCGCGUGUCAAAGAAAUAGACGCUAGGGAAGCGGCAGUGCAAGCAUUUGAGUCAACAGCCGAGAGCUCUGCAAAGGAACUAGAGGAGGGGGCAAAAGCUCUGCGGGAGAGGCAGGCGGGUCUAGAAGAGAAGGAAGAGGCAGUGCAAAAGAAGGAGGAAGAUCUGGGGAAGUUAGAGAAGCAGCUUAAAGGGAGGGCACAGAUGCUGGAGAGCGAGAGGGCAGCGCUGGAAAGGCGGAAGGGGGAGGACGUCUUGGAGAGGGAACAGGCUGAGAAGAAAGCAGCGCAGCUGGAAAUGGAGGCAGCGGCACUGCUUGACAAGGAGGCGCAGUUGGAAGAGCAGACUCGCCAGCUGGCCAGCAAAGACAAGGAUCUGGCGGCAAGGGAACAUGAGCUGUUAUUGCGAGAGUCGGGCACGGACGAAAAUCUUAGGCAGCAAAAGGAGGAGUUGGAGGCCCAGAGGAGACAAGCGGAGGCAGACGUGGCAAAGCAGUUGCAGCAGCUGCAAGGGGACAGAGCAAAGGGCGAAGCGCUUCUCCAGGCGUCAAGGGCGCAGUUAGAUAAGGAGCGAGCCGCGAUGCAACUAGAGUUGCAGGAGACGCGAGCUUCUUUGGAGAUAGAGUUUCAAACCAAGAUGCUCACCGCCGAUGCGGCGACGCAACGGGCUGCAAAGUCGGAGGUAGAAAAGCGGGUGAAAGAUCUCGAACGCGAGGCUGAGAUCAGGGCAGAAGAACGGGCAACGGUGCGGUUACAGGAGCGGUUAGCAGGAGUAGACUUGGAAGUGGAACGGCGCGUUAGCGCGCAGCUUAAGGAGCGGGUUAGUGAGCUGGAGGUGCGAAACAGAGAAGAGGUGGAGAGGCGGGUCAGCGAGGGGUCGAAGAAGGGAGUGGAGAGAGAAGUUAAGGCGCAGGUUAAGGACGCGGUCAAGAAGGCCAAAGAGGAAGCGAAAGCGAAGUACGAUCAGGAAAGGGGCGCUGCAAUCCAGAAAGCGGUGAGAGAUGCGGAACGGAAGGCUGAAGGGGAAAAGCGGGCUGCGAUUGACAAGGCGGUGAAAGAAGAGCGGAGCAGAACGGCGGGGCAAGCAAGGGCUGUCAGUGAGGCUGAGGGGGAGAAGAGCUCGCUGCAAAACGGUGAGGGUUUGGAGGGGGUUAGUCAGCUAACCGAGGGGGAGCAAGCAGGGGGUCCGAAGGAGGGGGUUCCAAGGAGGAGCUGGUUUGGUUUAGGGUCCCCAAGGCGAGGGGCUCAGCCCUCAGAAGCCAGAGAGAACGAAGAAGGGGAGAGGCAGAUUCUGGUGGACGGAGUGCCGCCUCUUGAGCAGAUUGAUGGCUUGCUGUCACAGGUGGGAAUGGAAACCCCUCCGGUCGCUGUUAACCCCGUCGGGUCAAGCGAGGCUGCCGGGGUAGAAGGCGCAAGUGCUGACGAGGUGGCUGUUCACGCUGAGCCAACGCCAGUUGUCUCUGCUGGUGUGAAUGGGGCUCCCUCGCCUAAGCGCCCGAAACUGCAGAGCAAGCGGAAGCAGCCGGAGACCCCCCCUGAGGAGGCCCCUGAAGAGCGCCCCCUGAAACAGCGGAGAAUCAUAGCGGACGCAGGUCCAGAUAAGCCGGUUUUAGAGGAGAAGCACGGAGGCCCUGUUGAAGCGCUGGGCGCCGCGGUGACGGCUGUGGGACGCGCGGCGGAUACAAUUACGGGGCCUUUCGGCUUUGUUCUGGACGACACAGACCUGGGUUUUGUCCCAGGUCACACUGACAGGAAAGCCCCGCGGGAAGUGAGUGUGAAGAAGCCCCGCUGGAGCCUGUGGCCGGGGUUCCUUUCGCCAAGGAAAGCCAAAGCGGAAGAGGGGGGCCAAGACGGUGCAGGGACGAGCCCCUCAGGAGAGGAAGGGGCGGAGAAAAACCUUCCAGGGGGUCAGGUUGAGGGGCAAAGCAGCCCCCUGCUGGAGAAUGCGAGAAACGACGGGGGAGAGGUUGGCCCGGUUUUGAUGGACGUGCAACAGGGGCCCCUUCCCACAGAAAACGAAACGCCACCUGAGAUGGAUCUGAGAGGAGAUGAGACGAGAGCGGCGGAAGAGCGGGCCACUCGAGUUGCUAAGACCCCCAACACGAGAGUGGGAAGGGCCGUCCUUCCAACCCCCAAACCUGCGCGAACGCCGAAGCCCCCACUGUCCGCAGUGAGAACGAGCAGCCGGUUGCGGGAGCGGACCUUGUCGUCAGAUCUCAAGGGAACCUUAGAGCCGACUUCGGCUACCCAGCUGGCGGGCUCUUCCGGAAAAAGGGGUAAGAGUUCCCCACCCGGAGCGGAUGUUGGUCCAGACGCUCAAUCGCAAGAACCGCCCAAACAAACCGAAAGGGUUUCCCCGCUUACCGACGGGACUCGGAACCAGGCGCCGGGAAAGAGCGCCGAGAUCGCGGGGCGUGAGCAGAGGGAUCCCUCUCCGGCAAAGACGCCCGGCACGGGACCGGCGAGACGGUUGCAGAGGGCUCUGACGGCGGAAGAGCAGGCGAAAAUAGAGCGGAUCAUGGCGCGCCUCGAGGCGGAAGAACGCGCGAUCGCCGCUGACGAAGCGGCGGUGGGGCCGCUGAAUGCGCGUACCUCGCCUGACUUGGCCCCCGAACGUGAAUUCUUAAACGCCGGAUCUGCGGACGGGGCGAAAACCUCAGUGCCUGAACGCGAGGCUGCGAACGCCGACAUUGUGGAUGGCGCAACUGUGAAGGGUUUGGAGAAAGUGAGGGGGGCUCCGGAGACUGGGAAUUCGGGGCUCAAGAAGGCGAAAGUGGCUGUGAAGAGGAGGAGCGGGGAGAGGGCCGGAGCUUCGGGCAAGACAGAUGAGACUCUUCUGAUCGAAGCAGCAGCCGCAAAAAACCAAGAGCUCCCCAACGACGAUCCCCAAGAAGCCCCAGCGCCCAAUCCCAUGGCGCCAGGUGGCGCGUCCGCAGCCGUCGAUGCUGCGGAGCUGCCAACUGUCUCGCCAAGCCCUCCCGGUCCGACAUCCACUCUCCCCCCGAAAACGCCAAAGUCCGCCUUUGGGAGAGCGUUCGACGGCUUCCGGGCGGCGUGGGGCUUUGGGGCGGGAAGCUCUAGAGGGCCUGCCAGCGAGGGGGAUGAGGAGGGAAGUCUGGAGGGUUCCGGGGGCGUGUAUCGGAGCCAAGUCGGGGAGUUGCGGAGCAUCGUGGGCGAUCUGGUAGAGGCUGCGGAUAGAGACGAGGACAUGGAGAUGGGGGGUCCGGAAAGGCUGGAGUUUGGCACCCCCGAAGGGGUGCCGUUCGAUGGGCCAGAGGGGGAGGAGAGAGGGCGAGAGGCGGCGCAGGGAGGGGAGGGGCUCCUAAAUACAUUCACAGAGACAGUCGUCGAGAAAAGCGAGGCGGCAUUGAGAGAAGUGGUUGAGAAGGGGCAAAAAGCGGGGAGCGUGAUUGUCAAGAAGGCGAAAACGGCAGCAUUUGAUCUGAACGAGACAGCAAUGGAGCUAGCGGACGCUGCGGUGGGCGUGUCCGCCUCUGACGUGGCAGAUGACGUCACGCGCUCUGCUGCUGACCUGGCGGAUGACGUCACCGCUCUAGGAGGCGCUGUGGAGGCAACAGUCGGGGGGGUGGCUGACGAACUGACCGGAAACAUUGGGGAGGCACUUGCAGACGAGUUGGGGGCUGUUCACACCCGGGACGCUCAAGGGAAAAGCUUGGUGGAAACUGGCUCCGAUCUGGUGACUGGAGCCUUGGGAAGUCUACAGGGUGCAGGAGCAGCGGGCAGUUCCGCCUUGGCGGCCGAUCCGUCUAGAGGUGCCGAAGGAGGGGCGCGCUCAACGAGAGGGGGGGCAAAAGUCCAGUCGAAAAAGGAGGGGGGAAACGGGGAGGAGCGCAGGGGGAGCAAACGGAAGGCACCUGAGAGCGGAAAGGGGAAGGGGAAGGUGACCGACUCGGAGAACGAAGACGACGUGGGACCCAAACGGGGCAAGGUUAAGAGGCGGGUUAAGCAGGCGGAUUCGGAAGACGAGGCUGGGUUGGUGGACCCGCGGGUGGUGGAGUUUGCGACUAAGUUCAGGGGGGAAGUUGAGGGUGAAGAUACGCCGAGCGAGGGGGGCGGGAAACGGCACUUGCGGGCGGUAGUCGAUCCGAGGGACGGAGAGGAUAUGAGCGCAGGGCUGCGGCGCUACAAUCUGCGGAAGUCGACGCUUGUGAAAAUGCACAUCUGGGAGCCCCGUGGCGCCGACUUCGGCACCGUCAGCACUGGCAGCGAGGGCAUUCACACCAGGGGCGGCGCUUCAUCGACUCCACGCAACCUCCAGCGGUCCGUUUUCGGGGGCGACAAUCCGUUUCUGGAGGACAUUGCCCCUGGAAACCCGCACAGUUUGGAAGAGAUCCGGACGCCUCGGAGCGGGAGACAUGGGGCGCGAGACGACGAGAAGAGCGGAGGUGCUGCUGGUGGCACAACCGCUGACGAUGAGGAAGCUGAUCAAGCGAACGCAGGGUGGCGGUGGCUUGGGUUCUUAGGCUGGUAGACGUCCUUCGAUCUGCCAGACGCAACGACUUCACUAGCUUUGUUCGUUAUGGGAUACUACGGUAUGCAGCCCUGCUCAGCUACGGCGAAUACUGAAAGGAAACCAUGAUUAUGCACAACAUAGCUGAAUGAUGACAGAUUCCUUCUUAGUUCUCUGACCGUCUCGAUCAUGCAUGCACUGAAUUCGACGGGGUCAACAGAGUUCAAUAUAUUCACGAU